CGUUUUUGUACUCCUUCGCACGAAGGCCGCAAAAUCCCAAUCGAGAGAAGUUGAGAAAGUUGCUGCUACUCCGGUCAGCUUUCCGCCGCCGCGCAAACGAAAAGAUUUUCUGCCCUUUCUCUCGGUUUCGCCGGCGGCCUCAAUUUACGUUCCAGCCAAGGAAUGGUGCAGUUGCUUCUCUCGAAGCCGAACUCGAGUGGGGAUUGUGACGGAGAUAAUGAAUUGGGGGAGAGAUGGGUCUCUGUCUUGAACCAGUUAGGUUCUGUCCUUUGGUCAUUGAUGACAGCUUCAGGUCGAUCAGAAGCUCGUUUAUGGCUAUGCAACACCAUUGGAGGCAUUGAAUCCAUAACUCCCAGCCAGCAACGAGACAUCUUCGUGAAGCUACUGAGAACCAAGCCUACACAGGUAGGGAUAGCAACUCAGCUACUGCAGAUGAUAUUCACAAAGAGGCCUCACAGAGCAGGUGGAAUUGUAUCGAAAAGGAGUCACGUGCUUGAGAGAUUCUUCCAAGGAAACUCUAUGCGAAUAUCUGAGUGGUUUUCCAACUUUGCUAAUGGAGCUGGAUUAGAGCACAAAAAGGGCGCCAAGGCGUUGUUUCAGUUUGCAUUUGUGAACCGCGACAUCUGUUGGGAGGAGCUUGAGUGGAGAGGGAAGCAUGGACAAUCGCCUGCUGUAGUAGCAACGAAGCCACAUUACCUUCUCGAUCUAGAUGUACAUCAAACAGUAGAGAAUUUCAUCAAACACGUCCCUGAAUUCUGGUCAUCCACUGAAUUCCAAGAGUCACUCAAAGAUGGUGAGAUUAUAGAAAUUGAUCGAAAGUACUUUCUUGACUUCUUUGUCAGAUUGAUGUUCAAGGAUGAUUCAAAAGAUGUUUGGGAUCUUGUAAAUGAGUUUCUCAUGGAGGAGCCGUUCUCUUCUCUGUGUCACCAUCUCCUUAUAGUUCUAGAAGAGAAGGAAUUCUCUUCUUUCCUUGAGUUGCUUCCUAGGAAUCUAAAACCCAGGUCAGAAGAAGGUGGGGUUCUUUCUUGGCUCGAGAUAAUCCUUUCUGAAAAUGUUGGGUCUAUUGAUCGGGUUCUUUUGGUCAAUGGGGUCAUAAACCAUGGACGCCAUCUCUUGAGGCUACUUCGUGAGGAGGAUAUUGAGGAGCAGAGAUCAGAAAUUGAGGAUAUUAUUUCAAAGAUGUGCAGAAUCCUGAGCGAUGCUAACACCUUGAGCCCUCUGCUGAGGGAGUGCUUAAAGGAGAAAAAAACAAGGGAAGAAGUGAUUAAGCUAUUGGGGAUUCAGUCAUGGGUUAUUCAGUAUUUAUUGUCAGAGGAGUGCAGGAAACUUGAGGCAUGGGAAUCUUUGUUUUCAAAUAAUGGAAUCGGUUUCAGGAGGACAAACAAAUAUGGUCUGAUAAAUGAAGACAGCGAACCUGAAUUGGGCAGUGGAGAAUCGACUAAGAGGAAGAAGCACAAGAAGAAGGAAAGGAGAAAGAAGAGGAGAAGAAACUUCGAUGAUGACAAUGAUGAGUUGUUGGAGUAUAAUAGUUUGAACGAUUUUGGUGCCGGUGUGGAAGCUGCUGAUGGGAGUAGUUGGUUGCUAUCUACGGACAAUUAUUCAGCAUCAUUGACGAAUGCUGAUUUGCCAGAACAUAUUUCGAAGCUGUGUUUUUCCACAUGGAUGAAGCUUGCAUCUUCUUAUCUAGCAUGAUACAGGAUUCAUGUUCCUCCAACAGAUUCCCGAUGGAAUGGAAGGUGGGUUUCAAUUAUCGUAUCUGACUUCUCAAACUAGCAUGGGUUGCACUGCCACCAGAGCUAUCAAGCGAGGUCUCAAGUCUUGGUAGGAAAGAGAAGUUUUUUGCACAUUGGAAGGCAGAGUUCGUUAUUGGAUAUAAAAGAGAUUGCUCUCCACUGAUAAACAAUCAUUCCGCUAAUUAUGCUGAAGUACAUAAAUACAACAGGUUACAACUUCCAAUAUCCCCCAUGUCCACAUUGAACAAUGCUUUAACUGGGGAGAUCUGGAACCGGAGGCUCCUUCAAUGGCAGUAAAUGAAGCAGAGCAUACAGCACCACGUGCCCUUGGAGAUCUCACUGAGCAGCAGCUUCAGGCAUCCAUGUUGCACUGUAGAUGCCUAGAUGAAGUAGAGAAAUCAAAAGCAGCAUAUUAGUUUUUUGGUUGAGUUAGUUGUAAUAUCUUCGAGAGCUGGAAACUUUUAGCAAUGUGAGUAUUUACAGGACAACUCGCUACUACUGCUGCUGCUGCUACUACGAAUGUGGAUAGCUCAACAAGGCUUAUAAAAGCCAUAAUAUACAGUAGAGUUUCUGCCAUGUAAUUUAUUGUUUACAGGACAACGGACGAGGUAGAUAGGUCAAUAGACUGAUGAAACUAUCACAGG